AUGGAUGAGACGGGCAGGACGGAGACGGAGACAGAGACGUCCAGGACCUUAAAGUCCUUCCCUCCGUACGGGUCCCUGGGCAGAGGAGACACCUGCCCCACCUGCCGAGGCUCCGGGAGGAUCCCCAGAGGUCACGAGGACCAGCUGGUGGCCGUGAUCCCCUGCAACGACGUGAGGCUCAAACCCAGACGGACGUCGCGGUACGUGUGCGCCUCCAUGCUGCUCUGCCUGCUGCUCUGCUGCGCCGUCCUCUUCUUCCUCUUCCCCCGCGGCGUCAGCCUCACGCCGGUGUCGGUUCUGUCGGUUCAGGUGUUCUUCACCCCGGACGCCGUGGAGCUGGAAGUCACGAACUGCAUGGACGUCACCAACCACAACUACGUCCCGGUCCGCAUCCUGGACUUCAGCGUCCAGGGCCUGAUCGGGGACAGCGUGGUGGGGAAGACCCGGAUCGGCAACCUGACGGCGCUGCCGUCCCGCUCCAGGAAGUCGUAUGUGGUCCCGACCAACCUGUCCAUCACCGACGACGGCCUGAUGACCUACUGCAAGUCCAGCUCCAUCAAGAUCCACACCCUGUUCCUGCAGCUGCAGUUGACCCUGGACGUGUCCUACCUGGCCCACUCGGAGCAGCUCUCUCUGGAAACCUUCGAGUACAUCGACUGCGGCAGCAACUCCACCGUCCCGCGUCCCAUCACCGGCUGA